CAAAGCAGCUUUGCUAGCUAGCAAUCGUAGGCUAUAGACGCUUUGUAACGUAGUUAUUGCUAACAUUAACAGUGUUUUGAUGUGGGUAUGUAAUGCCCUUGUCCAUGUAAUAAAUACCUUUACUUAGAACAUGGUCCAUUCAUCCGUUACAAUCUGUAUUGCCCUCCAGGGGUCGUAAACAGUAAAACACAAUAGGAUUUUAACUGAUUUUAAAGAAUGACGUACGUAGUUAACGGGGAUCAAUUAAAUUCAUUGUUUAAAAAAAAACAGUUUGCAUAGAGUUCUGCUCGGGUGGAAAAGCCAGUCCUUCUGGUGCUCUUCAUUUUGGGGAUCCUAUUAGUUGAGUAUUGCUGAAGAAAUCUGAAGCACUCAGCUUCCGUUCAACAUAUUAUUUCCAUGGAAGAAGAACUUGCCUACAUAUUUCUUUGGACAUCUCCACUGUUAUUACAGCCAGACGUCAGUUUGAGAGCAUAAGACUGCCUUCACAGAUCAACAGAAAUCUUCUUUGGCCUAUGCAGGAGUGCCACUCAUUCGACUGCUUACCAUAAAGGUGCAGAUGGAGUUCCCAGAGCACAGUCAGCAGCUCCUGGCAAGCCUGCGCUCUCAGCAGCGGCAAGGCUUCCUCUGUGACUGUAUAGUACAAGUGGGUCCUUCACGAUUCCAGGCUCAUCGUGUUGUACUAGCCUCCUGCUCCCCCUUCUUCCACAUGUUCUACUCUGAACACCCACUGAGCACCAGUGCCGGUUCCUCAGGACCCCGCAGGGAGACGAUAGUCAACAUCAAUGGGGAGAUCGUUACCCCGGCAGCUUUCGGGCUGCUGCUUGACUUCAUGUAUGAGGGGGUGCUGAGGCUGGCGGCCCACCCUCCCCCAGAGGACGUGCUGGCAGCGGCCAGCUUCCUGCACAUGAACGACGUGGUGCAGGUGUGCAAGAAGAGGCUGCAGGGCCGUGGCCUGGCCGAGGCUGACAGCACCAGGGCGGAGGAGGUGGGCCCUGAGGCCGCUUCUGUCUCGGGAGGAACUGGAAGGAUAGUGACGGGCGGUUCCAGAAGUAACAUAACCAGCGUGGGGACUAGUGGAAGUGGGACACAGGAGGAGAGGCCAGGAGGGGCCAGCAAGGUGGUGGCAGUUGCAAUGUCUGGACAAUCAUCAGUGAGAUCACAAUACCACCAGCACAGCCAGUUUCCCUCUUUAAAGGUGGAAACUCGAACAGUUGUUGACGUUCGCAACGUUCGAGAUGACAGCAGCAGUGGAGCAGGUAGUCCAGAUUUAGCAGACACCACCCAGCCAGGCAUGGACUCUUUCCCUGCGAUAGGAGAAUUUGGCCUCGUCUCAGGCAGAAGAAAGGCACAGUUACGGACAGGAACUCAGGAGUCUGCCCUCUCGAGCCCCUGCAGCACCACUGAGAUGUACUGCGGAACCAAUAGCAACCUGUCAUCCUCAUCGAUCCUACAAUCUCACCAACCCCUCAACAGCACAGAGAGCCAGCCCAGCGGGUCGGCAGUGGUCAUCCCGACUCACACAGGGGAUGGCGACAGACUCAGCCCUGAGCAAGACGGACACUCUGAGAACAGCUCUGGUUCGGCACGAGUCUUAAGCCAAGGAGCACCAUCCCUCACUGCACCUCACCUUAACAUCCAGAGUCCAGGCCUGGGGAACCCUGUGUCCCCUUCUCAUCAUACGCAGGUUAAAGCUGAAGUGGGGCCAAGGCAGGGUUUUGUGAGGGUGAAAGUGGGCAGCUUGAACGAUCGUCCCCAGUCUCAGGAGAGACGAAGCGAGACUGAGGAUGAUGGGGUUAAGGUGAAGGUGGAGGCCAUUGUGAUUUCAGAUGAAGAGCUGGAUGAGGAACUGGAGGGGAGGCGAGGGGCUGGUACUCCAGAUCUGGGUAGGGAGAAUGAGCACUUUGACAGUAAUCCUGACAUGGAGGAAUUGGCCAGAACGCACUUUAUGGUCUCAAAUCCUCUGUCGCACAUCUCUGAGCACCAGGAGCCAAUCUCUUUCCCCAUGUCACCACAGGGUCAUAGUGGCUCUUCCUCAGACCAUGUGAAUUUUCCCGGCUCUCUCUACGCAUCUGGGUCCCAUCCGUCUGAGCACCAGGGUGUCUACUUUGAGGAAUUCCAAGACUCCCUUGGGAACUAUGUGGAGGAUGUGCCGACGUGCAGCACGUGUGGAAAGACCUUUUCCUGUGCGUACACUCUGCGGAGGCACGCCAUCGUUCACACGCGAGAGCGGCCCUUUGAGUGUCGCUAUUGUUAUCGUAGUUACACACAGUCGGGUGAUUUGUAUCGGCAUAUCAGAAAAGCACAUGAUCACGACUUGCCAGCCAAACGCCAUUGUGGAGAGAACGACCCCCAGGGAGAUGACCCUACUCAGCCUCCGCCUCAGACGUAACCUUGGCCAAAUCACUACACAGCUGUUGACGAGACGUAGAUGCAACAGAUCCCUUAAUGUUCACACAUGUGUCUUUUCUUUUCAGAUCAAAUGUAGACCAAACUCUUGGCAUCACAAAGUAUAGCUUACAUCGAGAAUAUCAAUACAGUGUUAAGUGUAUUUUACUUGCACCCAUUUUAAAUGAAGAUCUGAAAGCAGAGACGUAAGGACUAGGACAAUGAAAAAGAGAAGGGGAACUAGAGACAUACAGUGGGGAAAAUAAGUAUUUGAACCCCUGCUGAUUUCGCAAGU